CUGAAAGUCCCUCUCUACAAGCAACACAAAAGCCUGAUUGCUUCAGAUUGUUUGUUUAUGUAAAUCAAAGGGGUGCCUUUAACUGGGCAAGUGGGACUUGCUAAGCAACAAAGAAGGAGGUGAUUGGCCAGAUUCUUGUUCAUGGGCUCCUGGCAAAACUGACAAAUCCUAUUGCUUUUGCUCUAAGCUCUGUCUGGACACCUUUAGGAAAAGAACCUUGUUAUUAUGCACCAAAGUGAAUAAUUUGUACUCUUAGAGUAGGAGUUGGAACUACAGGACUUGAAGGCAAGAGACAGUAUCUUAUCAAGGAUCUGCUUACUCCCCAAAGCUUUCUCCACAUCGGACUCAACUGCACAUCAUGACAGAUGUUCCAGCGACAGUUAUUCAGGCUGAGUGUAAUGGGGAUAAACCACCUGAAAAUAGUCAACAACCAAUCAAAAAAAGCAACGAGGAGUUGACUGAUGUGGACAGUACACCGCCACACUGCAGGGUAGAAUCCAGUCUGGAAGAUUUAUCCACAGAAGGUCAGGAGGAGAGUGGAAAAUUACAAGGGAACAUGCUGCUCAACUCAUCCACGGAGAAGAUUCUAAAAGAGGAGAAUCUCUUUAUUGUUCAUAAGGCUAUCACAGAUCUUUCUCUCCAAGAAACAAGCGCUGAUGAAAUGACAUUCAGAGAAGGGCAUCAAUGGGAGAAGAUUCCUCUGAGCAGCAGUAACCAGGAAAUAAGCAGACAGAAGGAAAGGAUUGCUGAACAACCUCUAGAAGAGAGGGAAGAUGAGGAUAGGAAGAACGAGGCUUACCAGGCAGCUGAAAUCGAAUGGUUGGGAUUUCGAAAGCCUAGCAAAGUUGACAUGUUGCAUUCUAAACAUGAUGAGGCGCAAGAGGUUUGGGAUGAAGAAAUUAAUAAUGAUGAUGAUUGCAAUGAUGAUGAAGAUGAAGUUCGAGUGAUAGAAUUUAAGAAAAAACAUGAAGAGGGUUCUCAAUUAAAAGAGGAAGGUGAUGCAAAUGAGGACUCCCCACUGAGCAGUGCCAGUUCCCAGCCUGUGACACCAGAUGAGCAGCCAGCCUUAGAGAAGAAGAGUGAUAUCGCCAGAAGUACGUAUUCAAGAUACAAUACAAUAUCCUAUCGGAAAAUCAGGAAGGGGAACACCAAGCAAAGAAUUGAUGAAUUCGAGUCUAUGAUGCAUUUAUAAACUAACUGGAAUGGAGAAAUUCCCAUGCCCACUAAAGCAAAAGCUAAUUCUAUUGUUGUAGGAUGCAUAUUUUUAUGUCAUCAUUGAGUUGUUCCCUUCAAAGACAUGGAAGCUUAUUCCCAUUUUCACUGUAGAAUAAUGUGGGAUUAACCCUACACAAAAUUCAUUCUGGUAACCUCAAAUCAAAAAGCUUUAGAUUCAUUCUUGGAUGUUUACUCUUUAAAACUGCACUAAUAUAGUAUUAUAUGAUAAGAACCAAGCAGCCACUCUCUGGCAUGAUUUGGCUUUAUGAGUAGCAAUGCUUGGAAAGGUGGUCAUCAAAUGAGAAAGGGGACUAUUUGAAAUGAUUUCUAUAUUUCUUUUGGUGUCUUUCUUCCUGUACAUUAAGGUGAUGAAAAGUCUGGUAUUAAACCUCUCAUACUUUUAAGCAUGGUUUUAUAAACUCUGGCAAUGGACCUUCCAACAUUCUUUGCCUGUACUAUUAUCACCAAAAAAAAGAUCUUCAUGGUUGUCCUUGUCAUCUACAGAGCGAAAAUUCUAUAGGCUUCCUUCCUAGGUGUGACCAUUCAGUGAAUCUUCUCACUAAAGGGGCUGAGCAAUUGUCAGUCAGGAGAAUUCUGUUGGCUAAAUGUUGGCUUUAUGCUUUCCAACUGAAUUACACCCAUUGUGAGGUUGACAUAGGGAGGGGCUAGAAGAUUGGUGGGCAAUAGACUAAAGAGUUAUGUUGGAUAGUUUUAUUUCUGUGACUGAAAAUAAAAUCUUGUCUAGCACAGUUAAAGUCAUUAAAAAUAAAAAUGACAGCUUUAGCACAAUUUUAAGAAAAUGCCCUUCUCUAUUACCACAUUUUCUCUUAUUAACAGUUUCUCAGAAUAAUUUUCUUUCCUUAGAAACCUGAGACAACGCUAGUCAUAACUGUACUAGUUACUAUGAAAAUGGAAAUAAUUAUCUUAGAAUAUUUUCAAAGUAGAGUGUGAGCAUGUAUUUUUAGUGAGAAAGCUCUGAUGGUUGUUGAGAAUAUAUAAUUUACUGGACCUCAGCCCAAAUCAAGAUGCUUAAAAUUGUACUGUGGAGCUUCACUCAAACCAAUGUGUCAAAUAAUGUAUUGAAUAUUUAUGAAAAGAGACACUCUAUAUUUAUAUUCUUAGAUAGUUUGUUCCACAAUUUUUCAUUUCAUGCUUCCGUAUAUAUUACUCUGAACUUUCUGUCAUUACAGAUAAAGAUUGUUUUUUUGGCCCUGAAAAUAAAAAGACAAUUCCUUAUUGUCUGAAUGUAAUACAGUCUUCAUUGUACUAUUCAACCCUUUGUUUCUUUCUUUUUCAUUUUGUGAAAAACUCUGGGUUAGUCCUUAGAUUAUUGCAUAUUUAUGUGUAGAAAACUCCCCAUCAUAACUUCUUUAAUGAUAACUUCUUUAAUUGUGGUCAUAUAAUAUAUUUUCAUGGUAUCAUAUAAUCUUAGUGUUUACAAGAUAAAAUUUGAAUGCAGAAUUGAAGUGCUCUUUUUACUUUUUCAAACAGAUACUUCAAAGGCUGACCAUAUAAAAAUUAUGUUGGGUGAAGUGGGGUUCAAAGUCAGACCUAGACUUUACCUGUUCAAUGACCACUUGUUUACCUAAUCCUGAAUUGUACCCCACAUCUUUUAAAUAAAUAAAUAAGUUAUGUUACCCUCAAUCUAUACAACCUAUAGAUUUCAUUUGUAGCAAUGUGAGUCACAAAUAAAGUCAAGAAGUAAAGCAAUGCAAAUCAGGUCUUUACCGAUAAAGUUAGGGAGAAGAUUGAUGCACUAGGAAAAGAUCCUGUUUGAUUUAGAUCCUCUAAGUCUUUCUACCUGGGCAACAUCUUUUCUUUUCUGAAUUACUGAUAACCCCUACAAUUUUCUACUUAACUUCAAAGCAAGGUAUUGUGUUCUUUUUCAUGUAACAGGAUCAUAUUGUUAACCUACCUUCAAGAGCCUGAAAUUUGAGUUACUCCAACAGAGAUGAUGAAUUCCUGUAGAAGUUAAGUGAGGCAGGUAAUCUAUGGCUAUGUGACAAGGCAAAGCAACCAGAUCUUAUGGGGCUCAAAUAUAUAGUAACCCUGGUCUUUCAGUCCUGUGCUCUCACCAAUUAACCAACUAUGAAAGAUUUUGUCAACAGACACUAUAUGAGUAUGUUCAGUUGGUAAAUGCUUCAUGUUCACGAGUGAGACAAUGCAGUUACAAUAGAGCACCGGCACUAUUCUUUGGCAUUGGUGUCCAUCUUACACCAAAGCUGCAGAGUUAAGUGACCUUAAGCAACAUGAUGAUGAUGAUGGUUGGCCAUUUGAGUUUUUGUAACCUAGGAAAGACAAUAGUCUGAUUCAUAUUAUAUGGAGGAAAUUUAACAUACAUGAAACUUAUAUGGGACAUGAUUAAGAAAGCAACUGGUAAGCACACAUGAAGGUUUACCUGAGCUUUUGUGAUUUGAGGUUCAGUGGUGGUAAAAUCUCUGGUACCAGAUAGGAAGGAGAGUUCAUUUUUUUGUGCAAAUGCUGAUAUUUGUUUUCCUUUGUUAUUGGAUGUACAGGAAUUAAUAAUAGCGCUACUUCUCUGUCAAUAUAAAAUUGACUUUCAUAUAAUGCUGCAGUUGAAGGCACAGAAUUUGCCAUAAUCUAUCAUCUAUCUAUCUAUCUAUCUAUCUAUCUAUCUAUCUAUCUAUCUAUCUAUCAUUAAAAAAAUAAAAAACUGUGUCUGACUUGCUCUCAAUAAAAGUUUGUGUCUUUAUA